GGACGCAAACCUCCUAGCGUAACCUCACCACCCACCCCUGCUCUGCCAGUCUGGCGCGGGAACGUCGCGUCAGCCAGCAGCUGCACACGCCGCCGGGGGUCCCUCCUUCGCGCUUAGAUCAUCUCCUGCAGCGUCGCUGCCUUGGGUCCUCUUAGGCCAUUUGGUCCCGGGGGCGGGUCACACCGGGGCCGCCGGGCAGCCCCAACCGGAGGGCGGAGGUGACCCCAGGAGCUCUCAGGGAACGGAGGAGGAAAAGAAGCAGCCCUGAACAGCCCUGGCCAGGGUUUUUACCUCGCCAGCCCCGCCGCUCCCGAGACCGCUGCCUUAGAAAAUUUAACGAGAACCAGAUGUAGUGGCCGCUGUCGAACUUUCUCAGAACGCUUGAUUGGUCCCAGGCCCACAGCCUCAGCCAAUCAGUGCGCUGGGCGGGCCUGCAAUCCCGCCCCUCCCGGGCGUCUGCGGAGAUCCAGGUUCGAGGCUGGCUGCUGGUGGACCCGCAGGCAGGCCGGACGCUCUAUACCGCGGGACAGCCCACUGGCGGAGAGAGCAUGCCGGGGGAACAGGCGGCCAGGCGGCCUUCGCUGCCAUCGCCACCGCCGCCGCCGCUGCUGGUGCUGCUGCUGCUUCUGUCGCGGGCCGCGGCGCUGAACCCAGGAGAGCUCUUCCCCUAUGGGGAAUCGUGGGGAGACCAGCUCCUGCAGGAAGGCGACGACGAAAGCUCAGCCGCGGUGAAACUGGAGAUUCCCCUGCGCUUUUACGAUGUCCAGUUCAACAACCUCUACGUAGGCACAAACGGCAUCAUCUCCACCCAGGACUUCCCCAGGGAGACCCAAUAUGUGGACGAUGAUUUCCCCACAGACUUCCCCGCCAUCGCCCCCUUCCUGGCUGAUAUCGACACGAGUCGCGGAAGGGGCCGGAUCCUGUACCGCCAGGACACCUCCCCCGCAGUGCUGGGCUUGGCGACCCGCUACGUGCGCACAGGCUUCCCGAGCUCAGCUGCCAGCUUCACUCCCACCCACGCCUUCUUGGCCACCUGGGAACAGGUGGGAGCUUACGAGGAGGUCAAGCGUGGGGUUCCACCCUCGGAGGAGCUGAACACUUUCCAGGUGGUUUUGGCAUCUGAUGAGUCUGAUUCGUAUGCCCUCUUUCUUUAUCCGGCCAAUGGUCUUCAGUUCUUCGGAACCCGUCCCAAAGAGUCUUACAACGUCCAGCUCCAGCUGCCAGCUCGGGUGGGCUUUUGCCGAGGCGAGGCUGAUGACCUAAAGCGAGAAGGUCUAUAUUUCAGCUUGACUAGCACUGAACAGUCUGUGAAAAAUCUCUAUCAACUAAGCAACCUGGGGAUUCCUGGAGUGUGGGCUUUUCAUAUCAGCAGCAGGUCCCCCCUGGACAACAUCAGACCUGCAGCAGUUGGAGACCUUUCCACAUUCCACUCUUCAGCUUCUCUGGAACAUUCCUUCAGCCAUGCUGCAGCCCUAGAAAGUGACUAUACAGAGGACAAUUUGGAUUAUUAUGACGAGAAUGAGGAAGAGGUUGAAUACCCCCCAAGUGAACCAGAGGAGGCAUUGAAUGGCCACAGCAGAAUUGAUGUGUCCUUCCACUCACAAACUGAUCCAGAUCCUUUAGGAGGUGGACUCUCUCCUCCAGAUUCUGAUCUGGCCUCCCCUUUGCCACAUCCAGCACCUAGUAAUUGGCCACCCUAUCCUAAAACAGAAUCUGCUACCUUAGACCCUCUCACCAAAAAAGGAGCAUCUCAGGGGGAGGUAGGAGCCCCAGAUUUGAAAGAUCGUGUGGAACCUCUGGACCAGACAGACAACAGAAGCCCAAGUCCCCCGGAAGUAGAUGGAGAUUCACUGGUUCCUCCCCGGGAAGGCCCACCACUCUAUCCUGGAAAUAGAAGCAUCCAGCCUUACCCAGAUGGAGGGGCUGUUCCUUCAAAACCCCAUGUUCCUGCAGCCCAUCCUGAAGGAGAAGCCAAAGUUGUUCUUCCUGAUUACCCUGUGCCAGGUCACACUUCACCCCCUAGUCAAGGGAGGUACACAGUAGGCACAGGGGACGACAUCAGUUCCAGCACUGAGGUCUUUACAUAUAAUUCUGCCAAUAAGGAAACCUGCGAACACAACCACGGACAGUGCUCCCGGCACGCCUUCUGCACGGAUUAUGCCACCGGCUUUUGCUGUCACUGCCAGUCCGGGUUUUAUGGAAAUGGGAAGCACUGUCUUCCGGAAGGGGCACCUCAUCGAGUCAACGGGAAGGUGAGUGGCCAGCUCCACGUGGGCCACAUGCCCGUGCACUUUGCUGAUGUGGAUCUGCAUGCUUACAUCGUGGGCAAUGACGGCAGAGCCUACACAGCCAUCAGCCACAUCCCACAGCCUGCGGCCCAGGCCCUUCUCCCCCUCACACCAAUUGGAGGCCUGUUUGGCUGGCUCUUUGCUUUGGAAAAACCAGACUCUGAGAAUGGCUUCAGCCUCACCGGUGCUACCUUUAUCCAUGACACAGAAGUUACUUUCUACCCAGGAGAGGAGAGGGUUCGAAUCACUCAAACUGCUGAGGGACUCGAUGCAGAGAAUUAUCUGAGCAUCAAGACCCACAUCCAAGGCCAGGUGCCCUACAUCCCAGCAAACUUCACAGCCCAUGUUGCUCCCUACAAAGAGAUUUACCAUUACUCAGAGUCAGCUGUGACCUCCACAAGUUCCAGAGACUACUCUCUCACUUUUGGUGCAAUCAACCAAACGGGGUCCUACCGCGUCCACCAGAACCUCACUUACCAGGUCUGCAAGCACACUCCCAGACACCGGGCCACCCCCAGCACCCAGCAGCUGACUGUGGACCGGGUUUUUGCCUUGUACAGUGAAGGCGAAGGAGUGCUUAGAUUUGCAGUGACCAAUCAGAUUGGCCCUGUGGAAGCAGACUCAGACCCUGCCCCAGUGAACCCUUGCCACGAUGGGAGCCACGCCUGUGACACAGCAGCACGAUGCCACCCAGGGACAGGUGUAGACUACACCUGCGAGUGUGCACCUGGGUACCAGGGAGAUGGCCGGAGCUGUGUGGAUGUAAAUGAAUGUGCAACUGGCUUCCAUCGCUGUGGCCCCAACUCAGUGUGUAUCAACUUGCCAGGAAGCCACAGGUGCGAAUGCCGCAGUGGCUAUGAGUUUGCAGAUGACCAGCACACUUGUGUCUUGAUCGCCCCUCCUCCCAACCCCUGUGAGGAUGGCAGUCACACCUGUGCUCCUGCUGGGCAGGCACGAUGUGUUCACCAUGGAGGCCGCACAUUCAGCUGCACCUGUCUUCCAGGUUAUGCUGGCAAUGGGCACCAGUGUUCUGAUGUUGAUGAAUGUACAGAAAACAGAUGUCACCCUGCAGCUACCUGCUACAAUACCCCUGGCUCCUUCUCCUGCCAUUGCCAAUCUGGAUAUCAUGGGGACGGAUUUCAGUGCACACCUGACUCCAUCUCUGGACUGAAGCCCUGUGAACACCAGCAGCGCUAUGCCCAGGCGCAGCAUGCCUACCCUGGGUCCCGGCUCCACAUCCCCCAGUGUGACGAGCAGGGCAACUUCCUACCCCUGCAGUGUCAUGGCAGCACUGGCUUCUGCUGGUGUGUGGAUCCCAAUGGCCACGAAGUCCCCGGUACCCAGACUCCUCCUGGCUCCACUCCACCUCACUGCGGGCCACCACCAGAGCCCACCCAGAGGCCUCGGACCGUCUGUGAGCGCUGGAGGGAAAACCUGCUGGAGCACUAUGGCGGUACACCCAGAGAUGACCAGUAUGUGCCCCAGUGCGAUGACCUAGGCCACUUCACCCCCCUGCAGUGCCACGGAAAGAGCGACUUCUGCUGGUGUGUGGACAAAGAUGGCAGAGAGGUGCAGGGCACACGCUCACAACCAGGCAUCACCCCUGCAUGUAUACCCACGGUCGCUCCGCCCACAGUCCGGCCCACGCCCCGGCCUGAUGUGACCCCACCUUCAGUGGGCACUUUCCUGCUCUACGCCCAAGGCCAGCAGAUUGGCCAUUUGCCCCUCAAUGGCACCAGGCUUCAGAAGGACGCCGCCAAGACCCUGCUGUCACUGCAUGGCUCCAUAGUUGUGGGAAUUGAUUAUGACUGCCGGGAAAGGAUGGUGUACUGGACAGAUGUUGCCGGACGGACAAUCAGCCGUGCCAGCCUGGAACCAGGAGCAGAGCCCGAGACUAUCAUUAACUCAGGUUUGAUAAGCCCAGAAGGACUUGCCAUCGACCACUUCCGUAGAACAAUGUACUGGACAGACAGUGGCCUUGAUAAGAUAGAGAGGGCCAAGCUGGAUGGCUCCGAGCGCAAGGUCCUCUUCCACACAGAUCUGGUGAACCCCCGUGCCAUCGCUGUGGAUCCAAUCAGAGGCAACUUGUACUGGACAGACUGGAAUAGAGAAGCACCUAAAAUUGAAACAUCUUCUUUAGAUGGAGAAGACAGAAGAAUUCUGGUUAAUAAAGACAUUGGAUUACCCAAUGGCUUAACCUUUGAUCCCUUCUCCAAACUGCUGUGCUGGGCAGAUGCAGGAACCAAAAAACUGGAGUGUACACUACCUGAUGGAACUGGACGGCGUGUCAUCCAAAACAACCUCAACUACCCCUUCAGCAUCGUUAGCUACGCAGAUCACUUCUACCACACAGACUGGAGGAGGGAUGGUGUUAUAUCAGUAAAUAAAGACAGUGGCCAGUUUAUUGAUGAGUAUCUCCCAGAGCAGCGAUCUCACCUCUAUGGGAUAACUGCAGUCUAUCCCUACUGCCCUACAGGAAGAAAAUGAAUAUGAAACGUAAAGGAGGACUUUAAGUUUACAAUCAGAAUCUUGACCCUAAAGAACAUUUACUGAAAAGGCAAAGACAGUGAAAAAGGAAUUGGUCAUUAGAAGUUUCUGGACAUACAAGAUGAACAUUUUUAAUGUACAAGACUAAGUAUAUUUUGUGAAAAGUUUAUACCUCAAUCUUUACUACUGUAUUUUUAAAAACAAAGGUUGUUAUUGCAAGUUUAAAAAAGUAAUAGAAUUUUAAUCGUUGCUUAUUAAAGCAACUUUUUGUAAACAUGCAUAUCAUAUUUAAAAGGGCAAAUUCACAAAACUAAGAACCAAUUAGAGCUAAAGCCUCUAAAUUUGAUUUUUGCUAUGGAUUCUUUCUGACCAGGAAAUUAAAGCACAUGUGAUCAGUAUAAAAAUACAAUUAAAAUACAAUCCUAAAGAUCAGUGUAGUUAUAGUUACAGAAGCCUAUGCAGAACUGGUGGGAAAGACCAACUUAUUUAUAGUUUCCCAACAAAAGUUCUAAGACUUUUUUACCUCUGCAUCAGUGCAUUUCUAUUUAUAUUAAAAGGUGCUAGAAUGAUUGUAUUUUCUGAUCCCAUAAGUGCCUCUAUAGACACAACCACCAAAAGUACUACAUUUAUAAAUACCAAAGAUGUAGCAGUUUUCACAUUUUAUAGAUUACUCUAAUAAAAUUUGUUUUCCUACAACUUAAGGAUCUAUACUGUUCUGUGACAAGGUGGGGACUGGCAUGCAUCUUAACCACAAGGGAGCACAUUAAUUAUACAAAUAUACAGCAAUACAUAGUUAAAAACAAAAACAAAACAAAACACUCCACUUUCCCAAACUUUAUUAAAGAAAAAAGAAAUGGUGGUAAAUUUCUAGAACAUAGUCAAUUUUCUGGGAUUCCUCCCUUGAAAAUGUGACAUUUGAUUUCCAAACACAUGCCAGAAGUGUACAUGGUUCCCAAUUGUACUAAGUAGGUAAGAAGCUAAAAUCCUAAAGUGUUCAUCUUCCAACUUUCCCUAGUCUGUGGUCUGUCUUUGGAUCAGCAAUAAUUGCCUGAACAGCUACUAUGGCUUCGUUAAUUUUUGUCUGUAGCUCUCUGAGUUCUUCUAUAUGCAGCAAUCGCAGAAUCUGGGCAGCUUCAUUAAGAACUGCAUCUGUUUUAUAAGAAAAGAACACUGCAUCAAUACAUAAUUGUUGUGUUUAAUACUAUUUAUUCAUUUCAAGAGUCUAAGAAUAGUUUGAAUUCAAACAAAAAUCACUUACCUCCUGUGUCAAAGCCAAGAAUAUGUUUGUCUAAAGCAACAGGCAAGCCCUUUAAAAAAAAAAAAAAAAAAAAGGACAAAAUGAGUUUACAGUUAAACAUAACUU